AUGGGUGACAACGACAACCUCACCAAGAUCACGGUGCUGCCGACCAUCCAGUCCAUUGGCCAGCUCACCAUCAGCUUCAACAACGCCAUCACCGAGGUGCAUGGGCUGCCGUACCUGGAGCAGAUGGGCAGCCUCACCAUCUCGGGCAACAAGAUGCUGGAGAAAAUCGAGGGCUUUCCCACGCUCCAGUUGCUGAAAGGGCAGUUCCGGGUGUCGCACAACAAGCAGCUCCAGAGCCUGAGCUUCGGAAACCUCACGACCAUUGAGGGGAACUUGGACCUUCUGGACAACGACAACCUUACGACGGCAGAGUUCUUGAGCCUGCACACUGUCUCGGGCAACGUGCAGGUGGGCUACAACCGGCAGCUGGUCAGAUUCAGCAGCUCCAUGGUCUUCGCUCAGAAGAUCGAGUUUCUCGCCAACUACGAGCUGCGCGAGGUGCUGCUACCCAACCUCUCCAUAGUUACCGGCGACUCCAAGGCCGCCGUGUCCGGGGAUCUGAGGAUUAGCUUCAACUUCCAGCUGGAGGAGGUGGCGGGCUUUGAGAAGCUGAAGCAGGUCUCCGGGGAUCUCGAGAUCUUGGCCAACAGCAAGCUGCGGGACGUCUCGGCCUUUAGCCGGCUGGCGCUGAUCGGCGGGAGCCUCAUCGUGAAGAACAACACUGUGUUGGAGGACAUGAGCGGCUUCUCUUCUGACCUCACCGUCCAGAACUUGCAGAUCCAAGACAACCAGCAGCUCAAGGGCAUCAGCGGCCUCUCCACUUUGCCCACGGUGCGGGGCUACGCGGUGCUCGGGAUCAACUGCACCGGCAACUACGUCCUGCGGCCACAGGCGGUGGUUUGCAGCGCCUGCAAGCCAUGGGAGGUGCCGAGCCUCGACAAGACCACCUGCCAGCUGGACUACUACUUCAUCUUCGUGGUGGGCCUGGCGUGCGUCCUUUCCUUUUGCCUCGCCUUCGCGCUCUUCAUGACUGUGAGGACCGUCAUGGUGGUGGACAACAUCAUCAUCACUGCUGCUGGCCGCGUGGUUCUGCGAACCACAGAGAGGCACUACCUGCUCCGCGGCUUCUGGGGCCGCAGCUUCCCCCUGAAGCUCGAGGGUACAGGCUGCCAGUUCUUGGAGUGUCAGCCAAUUGUGCGCGCCCGCGCCGUGAGCGACACAGAGCUCGAAUUGCUGGUGAAGAUGGAGCGUUGCCGCAGCCCACGACGGACCAUGAGCUCGCUGCCUAUGUCCGAGAUGGUUGAGAGCCCUAAGAAUGCCCAGAUCUCCAUGAACUUCAAGGGCCUGGACUCGAGCCCGGCGGGCAUGGAGCCCCCGGCGGCCGGGAGCUGCCUGCUGAGCUGCCAGGGCUUCGCGCACGUGCGGAGCCCCUGGGAGCUGCUGGCCGCCGGCCUGUCGCUGCCCACCCUGGUUUGGGCGUGCAUGUUUCUCAUCGCCAUUGCCGCGCUGGUCUACCUGGGCAUGUCCUCUGGCAUCCGCCCGGAAGCGACCCUGGUGCCGGCGCUGCAGUCCUUCGGCAUGGGCGCCGCCUGCGCCCUGCUGCUGCGCCUGUUGGCGGUGCUGAGGCGCCAGGGCCAGCGUCGGCUGCGGGCGCGGCAGCUCCGGGAGGUGCAGCUGCUGGCGGAGCUCGAGAAGGCCUGUUGGGAAGGCAGCAGCGAGCGCAUCCUGAAGCUCCAGAAGGAGCUGGCUGCAAGGGGCUGGAGCCACCAACGCUUCAGCAGCACGUUGCAAGGCGUGCGGAAGCGCCAGAGUGAGGAGGCCGGCGUCAGCGUGGCUUUCCUACUGUCCGAGGAGUUUCUGGAUUUGGCACAGGGCAGGAGCCGGAUGGAGAACCCCAACUUCUACGACCUCAAGGAUGCAUUCUUCCUCAGGGAAGAGCCCAUUGGUCGGGAUUUGCUGUGCCCCCGCGAUGGUAUGCCGGGCUGUGCCCUGGUGGAUGUAGUGGACCAAAGGCACCGGAGGCAGUGCACCCACUUCCUGUCCUGGGCCUGGAGUUACUCGGUGACGCUGGUGCGCAGUGCCCUCCGCUCCUGGAUGGACCAGAGCAAGCUGGUCCCGGGCACCACGUUUUUGUACAUGUGCUUCUUCGUGAACAACCAGUACCGCAUACUGCUGGACCACGAGGGCGCCGGCAGCCGGGACUGGAGCCUCGGGGAGGUCUUCGAAGAGAACUUGCAGCGCAUCGGGCGGAUGGUGGCGCUCUUGGACCACUGGGACCAGCCGGCCUACCUCUCCAGGAUUUGGACCAUCUUUGAGCAGUACUCGGCGGUGGUGCUGGAAAUCGAGGUGACCUUCAUUCUGCCGCAGACCUCGGGGGACAGCCUCCUCCAGGAGAUCCGCAAGGGCGAGGAGGGCAUCUUGCAAGUCCGGGAGUCCCUGUGCAACGUGGACGCAGAGACCGCCGGGGCCUGGUGCGCGGAGGACGAGAAGAUGGUGAAGCGCCUGAUCGAGCAGACCAUAGGCUUCGAGAAGGUGAACGAGAAGGUUCAGGAGUUGAUGAUCGCCUGGGUUGCCACCAUGGUGAAGGACUACCUGGGGAACCUGGUGGUCAUGGGCACGCGCCGGCUUCAGCGUCUCAAAGCCCAGAGCUUUUUGAGCGCCAACGCCACCGAGUGGACCCACAAGAUGAGUACCCGCACUGAUGCUUCGGCAACACUGCAGACGGUCAAGAUGAAGUCCCAUAAUUCGCCCAUUUGGACGCGGUACUUAAAUGAAGACACACAAGUGUCUGUGUUCAAAUCGCCCAGUAGGCGCUGA